UUUGAUGUUGUUUAUAUGUUGUUGGCAGAGGAAAUGAAGGAAUUGCAGAGAAUGGUCUAUAGAUGUUCCAUAUGUAGCUAUCAAACGCCAUAUAAAUCCAAUCUUAAAAAGCACAAGGAAAUUCACUUGGCACCGGAAGAAAGACAGUUGAAGAAAUUGCAGAAAAAGGUCCAUAAAUGUUCAAUAUGUAGCUUUCAAACGGUACGUAAAUUCGAUCUUAAAAAGCACCAGAAAGUUCACUUGCUACCGGAAGAAAGACAGUUGUUCUUCACACACCACCUUGAGAAUAAUGAUACUAAUUCCAGUGCGAAGAAGACACAAAAACCGAUAUAUAGAUGUUCCACAUGUAGCUAUAAUACGACCAGAAAGUACCGUUUUAACAAGCACAAGAAUAGUCACUUGGCACUUGAAGAACGGCAAUUGUUUGCCUGUGUGUACUGUAACAAAAAAUAUACUGAAAAAUGCAAUUUACGGAACCAUCUUCUUAUUAUUCAUAGCGAUUCCAGGGCAAACAAAGUGCAGAAAAAUGUCUAUUCAUGUUCCACAUGUGGCUACCGAACGCUACUUGAGAGCCAUCUUAACAGGCACAAGAUCAUUCACUUGGCACCGGAAAAACGAGAGUCGUUUGCUUGUGCGCACUGUCAUAGCACAUAUCGGUCAAAGCGCGGCUUAGAAGAGCACAUUUAUAGUAAUCAUAUUGAUUCCAGGGCAAACGAAGUGCAGAAAACUGUCUAUACAUGCUCCACAUGUAGCUAUAAAACGACAAGUAAUUACCGUCUUAACAAGCACAAGAAGACUCACUUGGCACCGGAAGAGCGACAGUUUUUUGCUUGUGCGCACUGUCCACGCAAAUUUAAGAUAAAGGAAAGCUUAAGAAAGCACCUUUAUAAUUAUCAUAUUGGUUCCAGUCUUAACAAGCACAAGAACAUUCACUUGGCACCGGAAGAACGACAGUUUUUUGCUUGUGCGCACUGUCCGCGCAAAUUUAAGAUAAAGAAGACCUUAAGAAAGCACCUUAAUAAUAAUCAUAUUGGUUCUAGAAAUGCUGAUUGUGUAUCUCCAACUGAUGAAGCGAAAUUAGAUUUAGAUUCUUUAAAAAUUGAAAUUGAUUAUCACGAUCCACUUAUGGAGGAUGAGUUUAAAUAUGCUGAAUUUCUGUCUGCGACUAAAGAAGAGAAAUCUGGAGAUUUGUUUAAAAUAGAACCUGAUAAUGAUGCUCCGAUUCUGCAUAAAGACUCGCACGAUGACUUUAAAUAUGCUGGAUUUCUGUCAGCGACUAAAGGAGAGAAAUCUGGAGAUUUUUUUAAAAUAGAACCUGACGAUGUCGCUUCGAUUCUGCAUAAAGACUCGCAAGAUCACUUUAAAAAUACCGAAAAUUUAGCUGCAACUAAGAAUUUAUCCAUUAAGUUAGAAGAUUCUAUAAAAAUGGAACCUGACGAUCCCGAAUGAAGGCGCCAUUUUGAACGAAAAAAUAUUCAAAAUU